AUGAACUAUGACUAUGAUGGCGGAAAGAAAGGAGAGUUGAAAGAUACCGGGGCAGAUAUUUCUGUAUUACCCUUUCAGACGGUAAAAGGAAAAUCUACCCCGUCUAAUUUUAAGGUUUUUGCAGCUAAUGGUACUCCAAUUGACACGUUCGGUACUCGUAAUGUAACUAUAGAUUUAGGUUUGCGGCAUCCUUUUGCCUGGGAAUUUCUACUGGCUAGGGUGAAACAACCGAUUAUUGGCGCCGAUUUUUUAAAACGGUACGGUUUUCUGGUCGAUUUGCGCAAUAGACGACUGAUCGACGGACUUACCAACUUACGGACCACGGGAUUGACAGUACAUUCCACAGAACCGACGUUAACCACAGUCGACUCUACUAACAGGUAUUCCGCGCUAUUAAAAGAAUUCAUCGACGUGACGCGGACUGUACAGAAACGGGACAACCCGACCCAUCAGGUACGGGAUUAUAUCACGACUAAAGGCACUCCGGUAGCUGGGAAGGCACGUAGACUGCCUUCAGAAAAGCAUCCAAGCUUCCAAAACAGAAAAGCUGCCUUAAGGCAGCAAGAGCCGAAAUAG